UCUGGAGGUUAAAGAGACCCGACAGUCACCUACCAUCACACACACAGGAUUGAGCCAAGAGGACAACAGGACUAGCAACGGACAUCCUCUGACCUGUCUGUGAUUUUCUUCAGCUCUUCGCCAACUUCUACAGGGAACAUGAUGGUUGGCCAACAGAGACUUCUCCUCACCGUGGCAACCUGCCUAUUUCUCCUAGCAACCCUAUGCCCCACCUUAGAGGCUCGUCGUGGUGGGAGCUUCGGACGUAGUGGCGGUGGGGGGUGGGGAGGUAGUAGACGUGGAGGUAGCGGUUACCCUCGUCAAGGUGGAGGCACGGGAUACCGACCAAUGCCAUCCUCGAGCGGACCGGCAUACCGACCAAUGCCUGCCCAGAGUGGAGGCUCCAGUGUGGGGAAGAUGGCAGGGGCUGCUGCUGCUGGUGCCGUGGGGGGAGCAAUGCUGGGCAGUGCCCUGAGUCGUCCUGGCUAUGGAGGAGGAUAUGGGGGGUAUGGAGGAGGUUAUGGAGGAGGUUAUGGAGGUGGUUAUGGAGGAGGCUAUGGGGGGUACCCCAGAGGUGGAGGGUAUGGCCCCAGGCCUGUUGGCUAUGAGGGACCAGAGGGCUCUGGGGAUAUGGAGUACUACUAUGGAGCUUCCAGCGGGCCCAUCUAUAACAGCAUCAUCGUCAUCAUUGGGUCACUAAUGUCACUGGUGAUGGGGCACUGGAUGGGAGUGAUGUAGAGAUAAAGUGAACAGAAAGAGAGGGAUAGAGUCACAACUAAAGAUAGACCAAGACCAUGUGUAUAUAAAGACUCUUGAGACCAAGACUAGACUCUGACCCCAGACCCAGACCAAGACCUUGGGUAUUGAGUCCCAAACCAUGACUGAACACUAAUCUCACAGGUUGUGAUUCCAUCUAAUUUGAUUUGCAGGUGUAGUGGAGCAAAUACACUUCCUGUAUAGCUCCCUGAUCCAGAAACACACUGAUGCAUAUUCCUUGUCAACUAACUAUUUGCACAACAUUUGUUUUCUGAGACAUACUUAAACAACAUACACAUAUCUAGUGUGAUAAUUUACCUUCCAGUCGAGCACUCACUACCUCAAUAACACAUGAUUUACUUUAUAUUUUCUUUACCAUGGUUGCUAUCAACACUUUAAUAUUGCCAUGCUGUGGGCAUACAGUAUAAAGGUAAAUAUUUAUUUGAAAUAGUCCCGUUAAAACAGGUUUAAUUUAUUUCAACACCUGGUAGAACACUGGCAGCGUUUGGAUUUGGAUUUGUAAAUUCUGUAUAUUGUACAAUUCUAUGAAUUUAAUUUUGUUUCCAUUAUUUUUCUUACUUUAUUAAAUAGGCUGUGUGGUGGAGUGUAUAAAUUCUAGUAUGAUCCAAAAGGUUUUUGUUUUGGUGUCAUUUGAUGUAUUUUUCCUGUGGGGUUAUUCCAAUCAGACUGUGAAGAGGAACUACCAUCAGCUCAUUAAAAUGAGAAUGGGUCAGUUCAGAUAGAAGUAAUAUUUAGAUUAGGCUUUUGAUGACAGACUAAACAUUAAAAGUCAUGUCAGUACCUGAACAACAACCAACAGUCAAUCAAGGAUGGUUCUUGAAGGCAGAUUGGAUUCUAGAAUCUGAAAUCUGUUCUUGGGAAUCUGUGAAUGGCUGUAUCUAGGCCAUUCAUUGAAGUGGAUCUCCGUUAAAAAUAAGAUUAGGAACCCGAUUCACACAGUGGAGGUAUUCAUUGCCAUGGUAAAGGGUUUUUAGACUGCCCAGAGUAUCAUUGGGCUGCAAUGCUAUUGUUAUGACACAUAUGUUAACAUGUGCCAGGUAUGUUGGUCAGCAGUCAAUAAUAGGAUGUCCCAUGACUAAACACUCAUUGUGUGAUCCUGUUACUGUGGAAGAUCUCGUGGCUGGCAGGCUGUAAUACAGUCACUUCAUCACCAGGUGGAGACAUGAGAGAACUGGAAGAAUACUGGUUACCUGUUAGUUAACCCCAUAGGUCUGUUUCAUUAUGGAAAUGAUCCUCCUAACAACUCUAUCUCACUCAUGCAAUUAUGGAUGGUAGACCUACAACGUGCUACUUGCUACUGCCCUGAUUAUCUGGAGGAACAGUAUGUUGAUAUUUAUUGACUUGUUAUAUUAAUAAUGUUGAUCAUGAUUAUUGCAGAAAAUAAAGUGAGAACUCUAGAGAGAA